AUGGCGUCAGCAUCAAUGUUUUCUCAGGAAGAGUCCUUCAUUUGUUCAGUCUGUUGUGAGCUGUUGAGGGAUCCAGUUACGAUUCCAUGUGGACAUAAUUACUGUAGGAAGUGCAUUAAUGGCUGGUGGGAACAGGAGAGAAAGAACAAGAGAAAAAGAAAAUACAGCUGCCCCCUUUGCAAGCACACCUUCGACUCCAGGCCUGUCCUCCACAAAAACCCUCUGAUUGCUGAAAUAGUGGAGAUCCCCCAAGCUCCUGUUCCUGCUCACUGUUAUGCUGGACCUGGAGAUGUGGCGUGUGACGUCUGUACAGGGCAAAAACUCAAAGCUGUCAAGUCUUGUCUGGAGUGUCUGAAGUCGUACUGUGCCGCUCAUUUAAAAGCUCACAAUGAAGUUGUAGAUAGAAAUCACACCAUGAUCGAUGCCACAGGCCAGCUACAGGAGAGGAUCUGUCCCCGUCAUAAGAAGGUUGUGGACAUAUUCUGCCGCACCGACCAGAGUUGCAUCUGCUAUCUGUGUACAAUGGAUGAUCAUAAAGGCCACGACACGAUCUCGGCUACGGCAGAGUGGAAUCAGAUAAAGCGACAUUACAUGUAUAGUGUAAGAUCUCAGAUUGGUGGAUGA